GUGCUCUUGGGAAGCAGAACGGGGCCCAGAGGCAUUGCUCAAAGGCCAAGGCUUGAGUCAAUGACAGAAGUGCCUGCGUGUGGCAAAAGGAAGGUCUGGCCUAAGAAAGGUCUGUCAACCUGAAUUAUUCAUUUGGGACUUGGCAGGAAGGAUGGGACGAAUGGAGGCCUUCUCUAGCUCAAUCCCACAGCAACAGACAGGAAACCUCAGCUUCCUUGGGAAUCUAAGGUCAGCAUCAGUGCCAAGGGGAAGCUGCAGAGUGCCUCUCCGAGCUGCAGCAAAACCCACCUGCCUGCCUCAGGCAGGUACCCCGGGGGCUGAAGCCACUGCCAUUCCGUCCUCCUUCCGCCCCUUCCCACAACCUGCCUCAGAACCUCAGGCCACACAGCUCAGGAGCUGGAGGACCUUCAGAUAGUCCCUAAGCUACACCCUAAGAUGACCCUUGAGCGGAAGGGCCUCAGUUUCCCCAGAUUCAAGUCCAGCUUUUUCAAAAGUACUAACUGGUUACCCAGCAGACAGCCCACCACUGCCAACCCACACCAAGUCUGGGGCAGGAGAGUUUACGUUGCUGUGUGUGAGCCGUCUCGGAGGCCUGGGGUCUUCUGGCUGAUCCUGGCUCCCUGAGAAGGUUUGGCCAGGGCUCCUGAGAACAUCUGACCCUGGGGAUGGCAGGGAUGGGAGGCAGAGGCGCUAGGAAUGACAGUGCUUCUUGGGUCUGGCUGACACCCCCCCACCAGGCAGAAAGCUCCAAGCAGUUCAAUACCAAGGCCCAACUCCAGGGGGGCCUCACCUGGCCCCUCACGAUGGUUUCUGCAGCAGUAUGGAUGCCAGCCGCCACUAGGACGUGCAGUCACUGUCAUCAGGUCGCGGGAGGGCAGGCCAGGGGGCAUCAGGGUAGGAGAAACCAGGCCUGGGGACAAGAAAACCUGAGUCCCUGGCCCAGCACAGCCAGUGACUUGCGGGUGACUUUGGCCAAGCCCCAGCCUCCUUGGGGCUCAGUUUCCUGACUCUCAAAGUAGAGAAUACAGCAGCCUCCAACCCCUCUGCAUCAUGGCAGGGAACCCUGCCAAGAGCCCUCAGCCAGGAAGACACCUGUGCUAUGACAGCGAUAAAGGCCAAGAAGGAGAAAGUUGAGGACUGCUGACAGCCCCGCCUUCUGUCCGGGACCUGCUACCUCGACCUCGGGCCCUCCCUCCUCUUGUGGAUUUGCGGGUUGCCCCCUUCCCACGCUGAAGCAUGGUGGUGCAGGACAGCAUGGACACCCCUGGCGUGCCACUGGAGCCCUUCCUGCACCAGGUCGGAGGUCACCUGAGCAUACUGAAGUAUGAUGAGCACACGGUGUGCAAGCCCCUCAUCUCCCAGGAGCAGAGGUUCUACGAGUCCCUGCCACUGGCCAUGAAGCGCUUCACUCCGCAGUACAAAGGCACCAUCACCGCGCACCUCCGGAAAGACAGCCGAGGCCGUCUCAGCCUGGUUGCCAACCCACUGAAGGGGACCCGGGGACCCUUCAAGGUCUCCACGGAGUCGGCAGCCGUGGCCAUAUGGCAGACCCUCCAGCAGACCACCAGCGGCGGCGGUGCCCUCCCCCUCCCCCAGUGGCAGCACACGCAGCUGGCACACUCGCUCAAGGAGAGCCCAGCCACAGCGCUCCUGAGGUCCGAGCUCCACCUCAAGACCCAAGUCCCCUCCCUGGUGGAGGAUGUGCACGGGAACCAGACAGAGAGGAGAAGCUUUAACCCGUGGGGCCUGCACUGCCACCAGGCCCACCUGAGCCGCCUGUGCGCUGAGUACCCUGAGAACAAGAGGCACCGGUUCCUGCUGCUGGAAAACGUCGUGUCACAGUACAAGCAUCCCUGCAUCUUAGACCUGAAGAUGGGGACCCGGCAGCACGGGGACGAUGUGUCGGAGGAGAAGAAGGCCCGCCACACGAGGAAGUGUGCACGGAGCACCUCGGCCUGCCUGGGCGUGCGCAUCUGCGGCAUGCAGAAAGAGAUGCCUGUCGUGUGCUUAGGACGGCUAAUUGUAGCAGCUGAUCUCCAGCCCUCCAAAGGCAACACCAAGUCUAUGGUUUAUCAAACCGAUAAGAAGCACUUUCUCUUCAAAGACAAGUACUAUGGAAGAAAACUCUCAGUGGAGGGCUUCAGACAAGCGCUUUAUCAGUUCCUGCACAAUGGGACCCGGCUCCGGACGGAGCUGCUAGAGCCCAUCCAGCGCCAGCUCCGGGCCCUCCUCUCAGUCAUUAGGAGCCAGAGUUCAUAUCGGUUCUACUCCAGCUCUCUCCUCAUCAUCUAUGAUGGUCAGGAGACUCUGCAGAUGCCCCACGGCAGUAAUGUCGUCAAAGUUGACAUCCGGAUGAUCGACUUUGCUCACACAACAUACAAAGGCUCCUGGAAUGAACACACCACCUACGAUGGACCAGAUCCAGGCUAUAUCUUUGGCCUGGAAAACCUCAUGCAGAUCUUGCAGGAUAUUCAAGAAGGAGAAUGAGACUUGUUGGGCCCAUCCAGAUUUUUCUGGAGGAUAGCUCUCCAAAGGGGCCUGUUGGUAGCGAGGGUAUUCUACAUACCCCUGAGAUGUGUCUGUAAUAAUUAUAUCUACAUUCAAAAGCCAUCUCUAUACAUGGCAGGCUAUACUAACAGCUGCUAAAGAAACCAGCUCUGGAGGUGAUUCACGUACCCUGGCAUCUUGCACUCAUGCCAGUGGUCGCAGGCUGCACAGCAGGAUGAAAUGGUGCCUUUCUGGAGUAAAGGGUGGGGUGCAGAGGAGUUAGAGGCCAGCAUUACAGUGAGAUUCUGGAGUAUUUGCAUUUAAAGAUGCUUUCUUGUUGUCAUGCUGCAGUCUCACAAGCUGUAAGGCAAAAAAAAAAAACACCCAAAAACUUUACUUGAAGCCUGGAAGAAAGGGUUCCCUAGUUAUCGUUUUUCUG